AUGAUACAGCGCAAUCAGAAUAUUCCCGCCCACCACAAUCCUACACGCGCUACCAUUGGUUAUAAUGCAGCUCGACAAGUAGAAAGAAUUGAAAACAUUUCCGUGUAGUAGAACAGAAUACAGAGCCUUCACAAGCCUCUACUCGUCAAAUACUGUAGUAAAGCAUUAUGGGUGGGCAGGUGUCGAUUGACGAGAAUGUUCACGUGGUGAUUGUCGGUGGUGGUUUUGGUGGCAUUGCUGCUGCUCAACACCUGAAACAUCAUGGGGUGCCCUUCAUGCUUAUUGACAUCCUGGAUGCGUUUCAUCACAACGUUGCAGCGCUGCGUGCAUCGGUUCAACCUGGUUUUGCGAAGCAGACUUUCAUACCAUACAAAGAGACAUUUGGAGUGAAUUUCCUCCAAGGCCGUGUCAUACGGAUAGACACCGAAACGCAGACAGUUGUGCUUGACAAUGGAAAGGAGGUACGUUAUUCACACCUCAUUCUGUGCACUGGAACAAGUGGACAUUUCCCAGGCAAACACAAUUGUGUAGACACCUACCAAUCAGCCAUUCAGAAGUAUGACGACUUUGUCAAAUCAAUCCAGUCAGCAAACGCGGUUGUCGUUGUUGGUGGCGGAACCACCGGUGUUGAAAUGGCUUCUGAGAUCAGGACAGAAUUUCCUGACAAGAAGGUGAUUCUGAUUCACCCGCGUGAGGAGGUGGCUGAUCCUGAACUGUUACCUAGUGUGAAAGAACAAGCCAAGCAGGUGCUGCUGGAAAAGGGGGUGGAGCUGUUGCUAGGGCAAAAAGUGUCAAACCUUGAUGAGCUGGAAUUGAAUGUAUGUCGGAGCGGCAUGGUGGUCAAAACCAAUAAGAACGAGCAGGUCACCGCCGAUAUUGUCAUCUGCUGCACAGGAAAUAAGAUCAACUCUGAUGCGUACAGGUCCAGUCUGAGCGCAUGUCUGACAGAGAAUGGUGCUCUGAAGGUGAACAAACACUUGCAAGUAGAAGGCUUUGACAAUGUGUAUGCUGUGGGGGACUGUGCCAAUGUCAAUGAACCCAAGUUGGCAUAUCAUGCUGGACUUCAUGCUGGAGUAGCUGCCACCAAUAUCAUCAACAGUCUGUCAGGAAAAGCUUUAACCUCAUACCACACAGGAAAUGUGACUAUGCUGAUUGCUAUGGGCAAGGAUUCUGGAGUAGGCCAGUUUAAUGGCUAUAAACUACCUCGUUUUCUGGUCACCAAGGGUAAGAGUCAAGGCUUGCUGCUGUGGAAGAGCUGGAGGGAAAUGGGGCAAAAAGCCCCUAAUUAACACAAAGUUAUCAAACAAUGUUUACAGUAUACUAAAAUUUGUGUGAACUGUGGUCUCACAUUGUUCGCAUGACUUGACUCACUUUUAUUUUAACUAAAUGUUUUUUACAUUAUCACUGUUUUAAGAUUAAUAUAAACCAGACCAGCAGAAGGAUGCUUUAUAUUGUAAAAAUAACCAACAUGUAUACUUGUACUUGUGUAACAUCAUGAAUUGUUUGUAAUACUUUUGAGAACAAUCAAUAACAUUGUUUUAUAUAUUUAUACAUUUGUUAAAGUAAUAAAUCCAUUUACAUUCACAAUA